GAAAUUGAAAGGUAAUAAGAAUUGUAGUGUUUCUUCUUUCCUGUCGGCUUCCCACGCAGAUAGUAAAAUGGCUCUUGAAGCAUCGUUUCGAGUUAGUUACAGACUCGCAAGAUCUGGAAAAGCUCAUACAGUGGCAGAAAAUUUCAUCGGACCUUGUGCUAAAGACAUCGCAAUCUUGACGAGCCCACCGAACUGCAAACUGUGCAGUAUUGCUCGUGAAGAUGUGUUAUAUGCAAAACCACUGGAAACUUAUACGACUGGUGCAACAAUGUUAGAAUGGACUCACUGCUGUAUUCAUAGACAAGCAUGGGCAUGUAAGCGUAUUCCUGCAGAGUUAGCCAGUACUUUAAGCGAAACUGUAAAAGUUGUGAAUUUUAUAAAGUCCCGUGAAACAAAUUUUCGUCUAAUCCGUGAAUUUGGUGAGGACCUGGGAAGUCUCCACGUCUCUUUAUUACUUCAUACAGGAGUUAGGUGGUUUUCUCGUGGCAAAAUUUUGACUUGCUUGUUUGAUUUAUUGUUGACCCUCCAUUUCAUUUGUCGCUUCUGUAUCCGACAUUCUGUGGCUCCAAAGCUUGCAUACUUGGCCGAUCUUUUUUCUAAAUUAAAUAAACUAAAUACGUCUUUACAAGGUCCAGGAAUCACCAUUUUCAAUGUUCAUGAUAGAAUAGAAGCUAUGCUAAAGAAGAUCAACUUUUGUAAUCAAUGUCUCAGCUUGUUAUCAGAGAAUAAAAUUCAACUUACCGAAAACAUUAAAAGAGAUAUUACUGAACAUCUCAAACAACUUCAAUUAACGUUCAAAGAGUAUUUUCCUAAUAAACCUGGAUCAAACAACUGGAUAUGCAAUCCUUUUUAA